CAUUCAUUGGACAGGCUUUUUGCAUUCAAAACAAUUAAAAAAUGAUAAAGCCCGACGAUAUAAUGCAAAAUGUACAUAUUGUGCCCAAAUAUUUGAAGCACAUAAAGAAGCAAUGACAAAUCAUAUGCUUAAUCUAUGCCGUAAAAUUUUAGCUAAAAGUAAAAUACUUUAUUCAUGUACUGUAAACAAAAAAAAAUCUGAAGAAGUUACUGAAGUUCCUACUCACAAAGCAGUUUUAGUAACUGAUUAUUUUGAUAAAGCUAUUUUAUCAUCAGAAAAAACCAAUGAAUUAUAUACUUUGUUGUUACGAGCAUUAGUAUAUAGCAAUAUUCCAUUUACUUUUGCUGAAAAUCUAUUUUUUAUUUUAUUUUUAAAUUCAAACGGGUUUCAAACUUGCCUUGAAUAUAAUAAUAAUUUUCCUAAUGAAUGCCCUUCUUUCCCAACUAAAAUCAAAGAAAUAAUUACAAGUCAUCGCCAUUUUUUUGAAAAUGAACAAUUUACUACAGUUCUUCGAUAUAUAGUUGAUGCAAUUGCGAAACUUGAAUCUAAUAAUACAAUUUUAGGUGAUAUAUUUGCAGAGUUGUUAUUUAUUUAUAAAAAGUUAAAAUCAAGUGAAUUUGAAGAUUUUGAUUAUGGAUUAAUUGAUCAUGCAAAAAAUAUAGUCAAUUUUCAAGCAAAAGAAUUUGACGAACCUAUAUAUUACUUGGCAUUUUUUUUAAAUCCAAAAUUUCGUAAAAUUGCACUAUCAAAAAAAUUAACUUAUGAUGAUAUUGUAGUUUAUGCAUUGACUUUUGCGCAAAAAUGGAGCUUUAUACAUUUUACUGAUGAAGAAGAUAAUGAAUUAGAAUUUAGCCACAUUCAAGAAAUUUCUUUAGAAUCGAUUCAAAAUAAUUCAGAGUCAUUUAUGGAGGAGUUUAUUAAUUUUGAUAUUAUUGAAGAAUUAAUUACAAUAUCGGAUAAAGUAAAACAAAAUAUUGAUAAAAAUGAAAAUACAUCUAAUUGGACUUUAGAUGAUAUUUUAAAUACAGGUAAUAAAUAG